AUGGCCACCGCCUCGCCGCGCUCGACGCGCUCCGGCACUCCAAGCAAUACCCAGAAGAGCACUGAGGGCUCCGGCAACCAUCAUGGCAGCUCACCGGCUUCUAUGACCCCUAGACGAAAGAUUAAAGCUAUGCUUGCCGCGUUCGACUCGGAUUCGGAGCCGGAUAAUGCUACAUCGAAACCAUUCGCGCGACCCAAUCCCGACCGUCCUGCUAAUGAGAUGGAUGAGGACAGCGAAGAUGACCAGGAGGAUCAACUGCCAGUUGCACCAAGGGGAAGAUUAGCUGCUAGAAUGCUGGCGAGCGCAUACUCUAAAGAAUCAACAUUGCCUGAGAGCAAGAGUAUAACAACAUCACGAGAUACAUCGAAAGAUAUAUCAUCAAACAAGGAAAUGUUUGGGUUGGAUUCUGGACCGGAAUCGGAGGAUGAUGAUGUCGUGGCCUUUGGAAGAAAAGGACGAACCACACAAGCAAGGGAAUCUCGUUCCCCCUCUCACUUACGAAAUGAUGCCCCAUCACGAUCACCGUCACCAUUGUUUGUUCCAAUGGAGUCACCUAGCCCCGCGAAGACGACACAACGUGAUGCAGCCAUUUCAGUAGCUUCACCUCCAGUUUCCUGUCUCCAGUCUCUUGUCAAUGAGAAGCGCAUGAAGCUUAAGCAGCUGGAGCAGGAAAAACUUGCAAAGGAGCAAGAGAGGGAGCAGAGAAGUAUGGAGUUAGAUACAGAUGGGGAUGGAGAAGAUGAAGAUGAUGAAGACGAUGAAGCUGUCCAGCGGCUUACCCAACAGCCACGGCCCAUGAGAAAGGCUAGUAAGAAGGCAUUGCUUGAGAUGAACCGUGAGACGCAGCGGAUAGCUCGGAACAUGCAAUUAGCACACGAGGCUACGACCAAGAAGAAGAUAACCAUUGAGAGCUUCUUGGCCCGAUUUAACAAGAAGCCCGUGUCUGCUCCUUCUAACAGCGGCUCUUGUUCUGAUACCCCCGCCCAAACUUCGGAUGCGGAAGCGUUGCACUCUACACCUCCGACCUCCCCUCUCAGGGAAACACUACAGAAGGAUCAAGGAGACAAGCCUGCUGCUAUUGAUGAAACGGCCCCGAACUCAGAAAACCUUCUGAAAGAGGACAUGGAAAUCACAAUUGAUGAUUUACUGACUAAAAGUAAUGAGUCUGAGAUACCUCAACAAGAAACCACUGAACGGCAAUGUUUGAAAGGAAAACCCGUUGCCAUACCAAAUGUCCCAAAGGUGACGAAACCCGGGAGAAAAAUACAAGUUCGAUUAUCUCCAGAAACUAUUGCACAAAACCAGCGACACGACUCAGACUCAGAUCUCGAGGUUGUUACAUCCCCACACCAGGCUCGCCGUUUAGCGCUCUUCGAGAAUGUCACAACCCAAAAGUCUCACAAAUUAUCAAACUCACUCCGCACAUUGAAAGCAUUGGCCCAACUGCAGUCUAGUCGGAAACCACAGCCUAUGACACAAGGAGACCUUGAUGACAUCCUACUUCGGAAGGCUAGGGAACAAGCUGCGCAGCAACGAGAGGAAAAACUUGCAGCACUUCGGGCUAAAGGCGUCAUCAUCCAAACCGCAGAAGAGCGCGUCCGUGGUGAGGAGGAGGUUGAAGAUUUGGUAGAGAAGGCUAGAGAAGAGGCGGACCAGAUUGCAAAACAAGAAAAGGCUGCCUCCAAGCGGGCUGCUGCAAAGUCAAAUAGCGAAGGCGUGGAUGACAUUGCCAGUGAUGAAGAGGAAGAAUAUGUCGAGGACGCUGAAGAGGACUCUGAGAGUGAAAAUUCAGAGCGCUCGGAAGAAGAGCAGGAAACUAUGGACAGUGAUGAUGGCUGUGAUGAAGAUGAGGAUAAGGAGCAGAAUACAAAGUUCCUCGAUAACCAAGCUGAAGAAAGCGCUGAUGAAGAUGAAGAGGGUGAAACACAGGAUUGUAGCAAGUUGAGCUUGCGGCAAAGAAACAGGGCAAAGCUCGUAGUCAGCGAUGACGAGGAUGAGAAGCCUGUCGAGAUGCAAGUGACUGCCACCCCCAAACCAAAGAUACCCGAUAUUGGACAACCAACGACUCCGCUUAUAGGACUAUCCCAAGCCUUCGCUGCAACCCUGGGAAACAGUCAGGAAGAUUCCCAGGAGGACUCUUUAGCACAGCUACGCAAGAUGCCUGGCAUAGAUCUUCCUGUAGCCGACCUAUUCGAUUCAGACUCUCAGGGUUUCGCUCCUGAAACCCAGGGCCAGGAGAGCGGAACUCUUGAUAUAUUUGCCGGAUUUCCAGAACACAAUACUCCAGCAAUCGAUUCGCCCAGUACCAAAACUUACACAGAAUAUUCACAGCUGCCAGAGCCAACUCAAGACGAUGGAUUUGUCAUGUCCCCAUUUGAUCAAGCGAAACGUUUCCGACCCACGCCAUCUACUCUAGCUGGGUCUGUGAUAACCUCCAACCAGGAUGGCGACCAUAGAAAAGAAAGGAAACGACUUAGGCGCGGCAAUGCUCACCAGGGAACCGUUGCUGGUGAUGACGACCAGCCCCAUACCAACGUUGAUGCCUUCAAGUUAAUGAAAAAUAAGGCAAGUAAGCCAUUUAUAAAGGAUAAGAGCAAGGCAAAAGAGAUGGUUGAAGAAGCAGCCGAGGAAUCCGACGAUGAAUAUGCAGGGCUUGGAGGUGCAAGUGACGAGGACUCUGGAUCAGAAGACGAGUUUGACAGACAAAUGAUCAAUGAUAAUAGUGGAGAGGUGGUGGAUGAGAAAGAACUGGCUGCUAUGAACGCUCACCACGAACGUGAGCAAGAUGAGUUCCAGGUGAAUAAACUCAUGAAAGAUAUCACUACUGGAGCAUUGCGCAGAAAACGCGUUGGCGAUGCUUUGGAUUUGUCAGAUUCGGACGAUGAACGUAUCUCUCGACGUCGAGCGGCAAAGAGAAGAGAGUUUAUGAAAAUGCGAAAGGCUCUGCUUGCAGAUGAGAAGAUUGGUAAAAUCGCAGAGGACCCGAAGAAGGCAGCUUUCAUGAGAACUAUCGAGGAUAUGGACUUCGAUAAUGACUCAGAUUUCCUGGAAGAAGGCGAAGAUACCGACAAUUACGUUGCUUCCCAGGGGAGCAACAACAACAGCAAUGAUAGUAGCCAAAAGGACGGUGAAUCAGCUACUAGAAAACGACCUUUUGACGCUGCUGCUGCCGACUCACUAAACCGAAUACCGGUGAAAUCCCGAAAGCUGGCCCGUAAAGCAAGCAUGAAGAAACCCCUGACUCUUGCUGAAAUACGCGAAACCGUGUCCUUCGUACUUGAUGGUCCUAACACAGAUGCUUCAUCAGCUGUUCCUCUGUCAAGCAAUGUGAUGCCACAUGAUGAAGCAGCACAACCUGAUCAUUCCGGUGGUAUUGAAGAGGCCGAUUUCAUCGAUGACGGAGGGGCUUUGCAGACCGGCAAACAGGACAGGACAGGCUCGGUUGAUAAUGCUGCUCAGCCCCACCGACAAAGAGGAAAGGUGGUUGACCGUCUCGCACUUCGACGUCAGGCAUCAUCUAAUGCAGCUUCGGGAAGUAAGCUUGCUUUCCACUCCAGCAUGAACAGUGCUGGGCCCGAAUUCAAGCUUCCUCCUUUCCUGCAAAGACGGUCAUCCUCAGGUCUGUCGGUUGCAACAACAAAAUCUUCAACGUCCACCAGCUCCGGCUCUUCCGUUGUGGUUACGGAGUCUGCUGGGGUUCAGGGUAGCAGAAAGGGUGCAGUGAAUUACUAUGCUGCGGCACGAGAAAAGGAAAGAGAACUACAGCUCAAGAAGGGACUGAAGAGCUCUAGCUCUUCCAAUUUGAUUGCCCAACGGAUGAAUAUGGGAGGUGGGCUAAGCGGGCUGCUAGGUUCAAGGCCAAGUGAAUGGGAGUGA